CAUGUUUUGGAUUUAUUAUUUCUUCUUUUUUAUUAUCAUAACCUCAUUACGAUUAGUACAAGGGACCUUAGAGGCAUUGAACCAUUAUGGCCCCUGUAUUAAAGGCUGGAAUGUGCCCAUGCCUCUCAAAAGAGCUAUGCGAGUCGCUGUGGAGACAAAAUGUGAAAACAGUAGAGAGCUUCGUUUCGGCAGACUUGAAGAUUCUUUCACUGAGAGACGGACUUGAUUACAAGGAGCUCUGCACAUUAAAACAUGCUCUUCUGCUACAAUUCGCUGCUUUCCCUGUUAACGGUGUGGAUCUGUAUGACCACAUGCUGUCGUACUUGGCUAUUCUAGCAACAGGAUGUCCGGGCCUUGACCGACUGCUAGAUGGUGGAAUUUUCACAGGAGAAAUCACAGAAGUCUGUGGAUCGACAGCCACCGGUAAAACGCAGUUGUGCAUGAGCAUAGCUGCAAAUGUUGCGGCACGGAAUGGACAAAAUACUUUCUACAUCAGCACCAACGCAGGCUUCUUCAGUGACCGGCUGCUGCAGAUCAUCGCUUCGAAAUUCACCAGUGAUGAAGGCAGUGUAGAUGAGAGUUUGGUGACAGCAGCACUGGCCAGGGUGCGUUGCCAGCAUGCCUUCGAGUUGUCAGAUCUGAUGAAGACCCUGCAUGAAGUCAGCAAUCAGCUAACCUCACAGGUGGAUUCCUUCUUUGGUUCCCUGAAGGUCAUUGUGGUUGACUCUGUCACGGCAGUGUUGUCAUACCUUCUCAGUGCACAACACGCUGAAGGUCACAGGUCUAUGAUGGAGCUAGCCAGACUGCUGAAAAGUUUAUGCGCAGAAAACGGAGUAGCUGUUGUUGUAGUUAACACGACUCUGCAAAGCAAGCUAGUACAUGUGAAACCCUCACUGGGUUAUUCCUGGGCUCAUGUACCCAACACCAGACUUCUCCUCACCUUAUCCAGGUGUCCUGAUAUCAUGCAAGGUGGCCCUGUCUACAGACACGCGUCCUUGCUGAAAAGUACAAGACAGGCAACAGGUCAGUCGGUCGACUAUACCAUCAGUGCUGCUGGAAUACAGGACGUCACAUGAGCGAUCGUGAACACAGCAGCAUCCCCUGCAGAGAGAUACAACUGUCAUGUGAUGACAGCACCCAUAUAAGGCAGUUUUUUGCUGCAGCAGCAGUGCAUGAAUUUGUUUGCACUGGAAUUGCUUUGAACUAGUUUGUUAUUAUUUAUUUAGCUGCUUGAACUUCAGAAUCAGCCAAAUUCAUGGAGUUUCAGUAUUAUUCAAGAUAAGCGCAAUCUCUGUCUGUUUAAAAGUGGAGUCUUGUUCUAAUUUUGGGACACACAUUGCAUUUAAUGAAAAAUGUUGUUAUAUAUAGUUAUACUGGUAAUCAUGCUGGAUAUUCAGUGUGUGUGUACCAAAAUCUUUUUGUAUAUAUUACUUCAAUGUAUUAUGUCUUUAAAAUAAGUUCUAAAGAG